CUCCUCGUCUCCGAGCCUCCGAGGAACCCCCGCGCCCUCGCCGUCCCCGCCGCGGCAGCUCGCCGUCCUCCGCUGCGCCGGACCAGCGCGGGGAGAUCAGCGCCGGCCUGGAACUACUUACUUCCUCUCCCCGCACCAAACACUUUACUUUAGAAAAAAACCAUCCAUCGAUCUGCAAUGGAAGCCAAGUUCAUCCGGCUUCUGAAGCUCGUGGGGGUCGGUUUCAAGGCGAGGUCAGAGAGCCAAGGCCGUGAGCUGUUCCUGAAAUUAGGCUACAGCCACGAGGUGCAGUUCACCGCCCCGCCCGCCGUCCGCGUAUUCUGCUUUAAGCCCAACAAAAUCUGCUGCAUCGGCAUCGACAAGGACAGGGUUCACCAGUUCGCCGGCGCCAUCCGGAGCUGCAAACUCCCAGAGGUGUACAAGGGGAAGGGCGUACUGUACAUCGACGAGGUCAUCAAGCUGAAGCCCAUUAAGAAGGAGCGAAAGAAGUGACAGCGCGGGAAGGUGUUAGAACUUUACACUUGGCUUUGACCUCUUGAGAAUUGAUUCUUCUGCGCAUUUGUAGCAAUGCGGGUUUGAUGUGAUUUCUUGUGAAGCAUUGUCCCAGAUUUGCCUCAGUAGUGUCAGGCAAUGCAAUGCACGCGAGGCAUGUAAUGGAGUUAUUGAAUAGGAAUAAGCUGCCAGUUCAAAUUUUGUUGAUGUCAAGCUGGAACCUUACUCUGAAUUUGGAUUUCAGUUAUAUUGGAACGUUUCCUUCCAAAUUUUAUUCAUUGUAGAGGUUCCAAACUAAGUGUGAACAUGACUUCGGUUGGGUAGUGAAUAAUGAAAUAAUUUGGAAGUUGGGAACCU